AUGGUGAACAUCCUGGCGGCUCAGCAGCAGUGGAAGUUGUGCGGUGCGGAUAUCUCUUCGGCGCUCCUGCAAGGCAUCACGUUUGAGGAAGUGUCGAAGCUGUUGAAUGAAGCCAUUCGCGACAUAUGUUUUGAGUUGCCGAUGGGAUCCGCCGAGCUGUUGCGGCCGGCCGAAGGCCUCGAGGUUUCCGAUUGCAUCCUGGAGGUUCUCCACAUGGAGAAAGGCGGCGUCGGACUGAACGACGCUCAGCGGCUCGUCGGUCUUCGCCGCGACCAGGUGCUGUUGUCCAUAGUACUGCGGGUUACGCGCGCAGAUCCACAGCUCUGGCUGAAGCACGAGGACAGGGUGAUGGCGAUGGUGGCAUCGACGCACCUAGACGACCUGAAGUACGCCGGCCGUGACAAGGCCACGUCCGAGCUGGUGCAGGACAUGAGCAUCGUGGUGGACCUGACGGAGUGCGUCAAGAAUCCGAGCUGCAUCGACGAGAAAGAGCUGCAGGGCAUGGCAGAUGAUGCGGGACCUCCAGGUAGGCACGCGAAGUUGUAUUCUUCCCUUCUCGGAGCGGUCGCGUGGUGUAUCAUGACGAGAGUGGACAUCUGCAUCUAUGUCGCUGCGCUCGAGAGGCGUGGCAAGAGUCCCAGAGUUGGCCAUAUCAAGAAAGUGAACAUACUGCUACGGCGUAUGACGGGGAAUCCGCUGGUUCUUGUGUCCCGUAAGCUAUCGUUGCCGGUGCAG